AUGCUUAGAUUUGUAGUGCCCCUUCUGGCGUUGCUUAGUUGUACGGAGAGAUACAGAACAGCGAAAGCAGAGUCCGGGAAUGAAUACACGUUAGAUUCAGUGAGAGAGUCUUUGGCUAGACAAGAAGACACCAUGGUUUUUGGUCUCAUUGAUAGAGUCAGGUUCCCUUUCAAUUCUCCCACCUACCAUCAAAAUUACUCUUCCUUUCCCGAGUUUCGUGGCUCAUUGCUCGAAUUCCUUGUUCACAAUACUGAGACCAUUCAAGCUAAGGCAGGAAGAUACAUUAACCCUGAAGAAAAUCCCUUCUUCCCUGAAAAUUUACCACGCUCAGUUGUGCCACAUUACAACUUCUCACAGUUUUUGCAUCCUGUAGCCGCUUUGAUUAACAUAAACAAGCCUAUCUGGAAAAUGUACUUUCAUAAGCUGCUUCCAAUGUUUGUUGCUUCGGGUGAUGAUGGGAACUAUGCACAAACUGCAGCUAGUGAUCUUUCAUUAUUGCAGGCCAUCUCUAGAAGGAUUCAUUAUGGAAAGUUUGUAGCUGAGGCGAAAUUCAGGGAUUCUCCUCAAGAUUAUGAGCCUUUAAUUCGUGCUCAGGACAGAAAAGCAUUGAUGAAAUUGUUGACAUCUGAGAGCGUAGAAGAGAUGGUGAGGAUGAGGGUUGAAAAGAAGGCCAUGGUGUUUGGGCAGGAAGUGAGUCUUAAUGGUGAUGUCAAGAGAAAAUACAAGGUUGAUCCAUCACUAGUUUCCUGCUUGUACAAGAAAUGGAUAAUACCCCUCACAAAAAUUGUUCAGGUCGAGUACUUAUUACUCCGCCUCGAUUGAACCCAUUUCCAUCCAUGCAAUUGAUUGAAGAAAGGAAUAUGGUGUCAUUGUUCAAAUGAUCAAAC